UCUCACAUUCGCCGUUGCAGACGAAAGCUCGAUCUUGGGUUCCGACUGUGAUGUUUCACCUUCUUCUUUAUCAUUCCGUUAGAUACACGAUCCUGCUCAUCUUCCCGAUUGAGAGAAACUGGAAACGUUUUCUGGUUACGCUCAAACGAAGAGUCGUCUACAACUGAGGCAUCAACUAUUGCGGUCUAUCAUUCAUUGCUUUCCCAUUUACUGCGAUCAUCAUAAUCUUCAGCUAUAAAAAAGCCGGCGGUUGUCCCUCCACCGUCGAUGUCCGCCUCCUUAGUUUUUGGGAAAUCAGGAAUGUGAAGUGCGGCGGCGAGCUGAUGGGGUUGACAUGCUCCUCCUUGAAGCUCAGAAAAUCUUCCCCCAAGUUUUUUAAUAUAGUUGAUGAUGAAAUUGGCGAUCUUUAUAUGUCUUAAAAGUUAAAACAUUAUUUUGAGGAGUUAGAGGAAGAGUCCCCAAAGGAUAACUCCGUCGUAGUGUAUGUGUUACUUGACGAGCUUCGCCGUAACCAACGAAGUUGAAAACACUGACUCUGACCUGACGUUAGGGUGACGACCAUUCGCAUUGACAAGAAGGUUUUCACCGUCAAAUAAACACCAGUCAUUGACUUACCGAUAGAUAUUGAAGCUGAGAUGAGAAGCUGAAGGCUUGAACUUAGGCAAAACAUGGACAUGUACAGCUCAGCGUCGAAAGAAGCACUUAAUACAAAAGGGCGGUUAGAAAUAUAGGUGUCAAGCAGGGAUAGUUGAUGAUGAGCAAUCUGCUCCUUUUAAAACUUUAUGACUCCCAUGUUUCUCUUGAAAAAUUAGCAUAAGCUGUGGAGAAUGUAAGAAGCUCGAAUAUUUAAGGAAGCUAGGAGUGCUGAAGCGACAGUCCUGGCUAUAUUCCAAAGAUGGAGAAGGCCAAGUCUAGAGCUACAAUGGAAGCAAGUGAGAAAGCGCAGAUUAUGGUGGAACUAGAAGGAAGCAAGCUGAAAUGAAAAAAGAAGAAGGGAAUCGCACAAGAAAUACGGUUGUUUAAUUCUUUCGUACAUAACGAUGUCUGGUACAAAAGAUAAACUUGAUCACAAUCCUACUGCCAUUAGUCUUGAAACCAGAUGCUGCUCAAGACAUCCUCACACGGUUCUUUGCUUUUGUAUGUGUCCUUCGCUUUUGUAUGUGUCCUGCAUAUGGUUAUUUGGUGUAUGAGUUCAUAGAAAAUGGAAAAUGGGAGCUUAGAGGAAAGGCUUUCAAAAUAAAUUACUUUACCUGAAAUACACGAUACAAUUACAAAUAAUUAAAAUAAUAUCAGAUAAAACUCACACAACGUAAAACAUUUUCCAUAACAUAUCUUCUCGACAAAUGACACCUGCUAACCUAAUAAAAACAAUCAGAGCGUUGACUCAUUUGAAAAGAAAUUCUUCCAAGCACACCUCUUAUUAGCACACCUCUUAUUUAGUAUAUAAACAAUUAGAUCUAAUGACAAAUACUAAAAAUAAUGUUAUACUAUUAAUAAAGCUGAAUCCUUUAUUUUCCUGAGGAAAUUUCAUCAAGAGAAGUUUUCUAAAAAUUUAACACUAUAAUUUGUAAAAGUUUAUUAAGUAUUCCACAUUAAACCAAAUUUAUAGAUAAAAUAUAUAAUUAUCCAAAAAAAAUUGAUCAAUUUUUUUUUUAAAAUCUAACAGAACAUUUGACAUCAAUCUAAAAUAAUAUUUUGGCACAUAAUUAAUCCGAGAUUUUUGUACUAAAAUCUAAAUUUGCUUAUUAUCAAAACUAUUACUACAGUAGAAUAACCAAAUAAAUAUGUAAAACUAUUAUAUAUUCAUAAACAUUUCUUCAAUAUUAAGAUAAACAUAAUCUAUUAUAAGAAUAACGAAACAUACACAAUGAAAACUAAUAUUACCUUAAAUUAAAGUAAGCUAAACAUUUUGAAAUAUUCGUUGACAUUAAUUAUAUAUUUACUAAACAUUUUUAAAUAUUCGUUGUUUAAAUUUUAUAUUUGCAAAAGAGGUGAAUCUAAGUUGAAAAAGGAAUUAAAAAAGGAAAUAUAUUCAAAAAUAACAAAUUCAGCUUAAUGAAAAUCAAACACAAGCCUAAUUAGAAAAGGAUCCGAGAGAUCUUUGAAAAAAAGAAAAAGAAAACAUACAUAUCAUAUCACAAACGGGAUUAUAAUUAAAUAAAGUGGUAAGUAAAAUCCUUAAGCUGUAAGAAUUAGGUUCCGUAAAAGGUGUUAUAAAAAGAUAGUUAGGGUCUUGUGUUUUCUUACUCAAAUACUCAUCAUCAAAGUUCUCUGAUAAUUCUAUUAAUAAUGGCGACAACCACAAGAAUGUUCUGCUUCGUGCUCGUGAUGGUUCUAAUGGGAUGUUGUUGCUCGGCAAAAAUCUACAAAGUGGGAGACUCGAAGGGAUGGACGACAGCGAAGCACGGUAGCUAUUAUGAAUGGGCCAAGCGUAAGGAAUUCCAAGUGGGGGAUUCUCUGAUGUUUGAAUACGAUGGCAACGUCAACGACGUCACUCAAGUUUCCACUCGUUUGGAAUACCAAUUCUGCAACUCCCUUUCUCCUAAAGCUGUCUACAACACAGGGCACGAUCUCGUGACUCUCACGGAACAAGGUUAUCACUUCUUCAUCACCUCAAAUCGUUCUCAAUGCGUAGCCGGACAGAAACUCGUCGUUUUUGUCGUCCAUGACCAUCCUAUGAUUCCUCCACCACCGAGAAAGAUCCUUCCAUUUGGAAAAGAUUACAAGGUCGGUGACUCCAACGAAUGGAGGGUUCCUGAAGAGAGUGACUUCUAUUCCAAGUGGAGUGAGGAGAAACAGUUUCAUGUGGGAGACAAUCUUCUUUUCUACUACAACGACCAAGUCGAUGACGUCCUAGAAAUCAACAGUGAUCUUGAGUUCAAAUCUUGCGACACUACUUCUCCUGUUGCCGUGCACAAUGCGGGACAAGAUCUCAUAAGGCUAACGAAACCAGGAAUCCGCUAUUUUAUUACCUCAAAGAUUGGUCAUUGUGAGGCUGGGCUUAAGCUUCGAGUUGUGGUGCGACCACUAUCCAAAAGUGUUCCGAAGAAGAUGCAGUUUUCACCUUUCGACCGUCUCAUCAAGUGGCUACACGAUUCCUUCACACCCCACCCCCAUCACUAAGAUUUCGUUUCUUUUUUUGUUUUGUUUUGUUUGAGCUUAGCUUCGUAGUAUUUUUUUUUCUCACUCGUUUUUGUUCUUUAUUUUAUUUUCCAAAUAGUGUGGGUUUCUACUUAUUCCUAUCGUUGUGGAGAGACUUAAUUCAAUAAAAAUAAUUUUCCUUAACCCUAGCUGUAUACACAUAAUAGACUCAAUCACUCCACCUCCAUGGAAAAUAAAGAAAUUGAACAAAGACGAGAGAAAACAAAAACAAUACGGAAAUAUCCUAGAAUAGCACUAAAAAGUUUAUGUCACAAAUAUAGAUUCUAAU